AUAUAUUUGUUUUAUAUGUUGAUAGACUCCUUCGACUUCCAAACCCUAGCAAUUCCUUCAAAACUCAUAAUAAAAAUCCUAAUUUUCUUUUCAUCCAUGGCAAAAAAGCGAAAGCAACGAUCCUCUGAACCCCGACCCACCAAAACCACCUCAGAUCCUCAACCAAUUCAACAAGAACAGCAAGAACAGCAAGAACAGCAAGAACAGCCCCCGUAUAUAUCCGACGAAAACCUGAACCCGGAACUAGGCGAGGAGCAGCAUCUACAGGAAGUGGAAGAGGAGGUAGAAGUUGAAGAAGAAGUAGAAGUAGAAGUAGAAGUAGAAGAGGAAGUUGAAGUUGAAGAAGACGAGGAGGAAGAAGAAGAUGAUGAUGACGAAGGCGAACGAGCUCCAAACCAAACCCUAGUUGGUUCCUCUAUCGCCUCCAUUCAAAAUGGAGCCCCUAAGGGAACGGAUCAGGAAGAAGAAUUGGAUGACGAGCCGUUCGAGAAACUUCUAGAGCCAUUCGGGAAAGAUCAAUUGAUUACCCUUAUUAAGAAAGCGGUUUAUAAACACCCGGAAUUUAUCUCGUCCGUUCGGGAGUUCGCCGAUGCAGACCCGGCCCACAGGAAGAUCUUCGUUCAUGGGUUAAGUUGGGAUACCACUGCUGAAACCCUCACUGCAGAGUUUACUAAAUAUGGGGAAAUUGAAGAAUGCAAAGCUGUUACCGAUAGGGUUUCUGGGAAAUCCAAAGGUUACGCUUUUAUUCUAUUCAAGCAUCGGAGCGGGGCACGCCGGGCUUUGAAACAACCCCAGAAGAAGAUUGGGAAUAGAAUUACUUCUUGCCAGUUGGCUUCACAAGGGCCGGUUCCUGCACCUCCUCCGAAUGCUCCACCUGCUUCUGAGUAUACUCAAAAGAAGAUUUUUGUUAGCAAUGUGUCAGCUGAAUUGGACCCAGAGAAGUUGCUAGAGUUUUUUAGACAGUAUGGUGAAAUUGAGGAAGGUCCAUUGGGGCUUGAUAAGCAGACAGGGAAACCAAAGGGGUUUGCCCUUUUUGUAUACAGGUCGGCUGAAAGUGCCAGGAAAGCAUUGGAGGAGCCUCAUAAAAAUUUUGAAAGUCAUGUUUUGCAUUGCCAAAAAGCCAUUGACGGGCCGAAAUUGACUAAAGGUGGUUAUGGAGGAGGUACUUCUGGUGGGCAUCAUCAGGAGUACCACCAGCACCAGCAAGGAGCACAUCAGAUUCAGUCUCAUUACCACCAUGCUAAGAAGGGAAAGUAUUCGACCUCUGGAUCAGACACUGGUCAUUUGAUGGCUCCAUCUGGUCCUACUGCAGUGGGGUUCAACCCUGGAGUUGCUGCUACUGGCUUUAACCCUGCUGCUGCACCUGCUUUAAACCCAGCACUUGGACAGGCUUUGACUGCAUUGCUUUCUGGACAGGGGGGCUUGGGGCUUGGUAAUCUGCUUGGAGGGUUUAGUGGUGCCCCUGUCAACCAAGGAGCACCCAGUGCAGGCUAUGGGAAUCAGGUUGCUGGAGGCUAUGGAGUGCAGGGUGGAUAUCAAAACCCACAGAUGGGUCAGGGUGGUGCUGGUAGGAAUCAACCCGGUGGCAGUGCUCCUUACAUGGGACAUUAGGUGAAGCCCAAGAUACUUUCAUAGAUGCAUCAAUCAUUUUAUUUUCAACUCUGGUGAUUCUGAAGUUCCUGGCACUCAUGCAAACGUGGUCUUUAAAUUUGUACCCAAAAGUUGUUAUUGUUUGCCUAGUAUAAAGAUCAGAAAUCUUUAACCUGUAUUUUCAUUUUUGUUUUCGUACUCUCCCACCUUCUCAUGUUUUUAAAAAGGUGUGCUAUUUCAGUUAGAAUAUUUGUUUCUUGAAAAAUGUUGAGUAACAAGUAGAAUUUUCAUUUAGAUGCUACUAUGCCUUUUUUAUAUUUUCAAGUGUGACUCAA